CAAGUGGCCACCCACAGAGGGCUCAACCUGGACAUGGACGAGAAACAGCAUGGAGCCUGGUUCGGCUUUGGUUUCUGUGGCUUUGGGCAAGCGCUGGGCUCAGGGGACAGCCACCAUUCAGUGUACAGUCCCGAACCACUGCAUACCAGUGAUGAUAUUUGCCAAGUGAACGCAAGUUGGAGCUACACUGCCCUGAUGACCCGUGGAGGCCGCGUGGAACUGUCAGGCUCUGUGAGCGGUACAGCAGAGGGCUGCAGGGAUGUGUGGGCUUCGGAGGGACUCCUGGUGGUGCUGCGCAACAAGGGCGGGUCCAGCACAGAACUGCAGGCCUGGGUACCAGGUUCUGAGCUACAGGGGGAGCCCCUCUGGGUCCAGAACUUGGUUUCUGGGGCAAAGGCCGAAGGGGAGGAUGACCCCAGCAGUGAGUCUAGGAUGGGGACCCUGCCGUUGCUGCCCUGCGCCCGUGCCUAUGUGACCCCACAGCCACCCUUCUGCCAGCCUCUGGCCCCAGAGCUGCGGGUACGCCAGCUGGAGCUGGGUGCUGAGCAUGUGCUGCUGCUGUGUGCAGCUGGCCAGUUGUUCUCCUGGGGCGGGGGCAGGCAUGGACAGCUGGGCCAUGGGACGCUGGAGGCAGAACUGGAGCCAAGGCUGUUGGAGGCACUGCAAGGCCUUUGGAUGGUCACAAUCUCUAAGGUUGGGGAACUGAAGCAGAACCUUCUUCUCUUGGGAACUGAUCAAGCUAAAAGUGGUGUUAGCAAGGCACAAUAA